CCGGGAUGAACCAGGGCAGGAGCCUGGCAGUGGGUUCUGAGGGGGUUCAGGCUGUGAGGGACGUCUCCCCAUCUUUCCCCAGAGUAACGAUUUCUUCUUGGAGUUUUUUGUCACCGUGGCCAUGGAGGGUUUAGAGGACAAAUAUAGGACCCAGCUCAGCCGAGAGUGGCGCCUGCUGAAAUACCGACCCUUCCUGGGCUCCAUCUCCCAGCAGAACAUCCGCACCCAGAGCCAGCCACGGCCUCCGACUAUCCAGGAGCUUGGAGAUGGCACUGAGGAUCGCCCUCUGAGGCUUUGGCUAGAGGCCCCAGACCUGCUUCUGGCUGAGGUGGUCUUGCCCAAAGUGGACUCUGCCCGGGAGCUCUCACUUCAGCUUGGGGGAGACCGACUGGUCCUGGGGUCACCUGGAGCCCCCUAUCACAUGGACAUCUUUGUCCCCCAUGAUAUUAACCAGGAACAGUGCCGAGCUGCCUUCAACCGGAAGAGCAAGUGCCUCCUGUCUCUCCUCCAGACCCUGAUGAUCUCCAUGCCCCUGCAGACAGCCUGCUCCUGAGCCGCAGGACCCUGACUCCUUGGGUGGAUGUCGGGCGUGGCCACACUGCCGCCGUCCCCUGACUCACCAUAGAAUAAAAGAUUUUUAUCUGAAAGAA